AACACCCACAGUGCCUGAAGGAUGUGACAGGACAGGGACAUGAGCCCUCAAGGCUAGGGAGCAGGAUGGCAGAGGGACCCUCCAGUGUUCCUGGGCAGGCCUGGAUGAAGGAGGAGGAGGAGGAGGAAGGCCCUGGGGCUGCCCCGAAAUGGCCUCCUGAAAGGACAGAGAGGUUCAAGCCAGUGCGGGCAGACCCAGUUGAGGACCUGACAGAAGACCAGGAGCAUGCCCAAAAGCGUUUCAGCCAUAGAGCUCAGAUUUUUUGGAAAUUUGUCAAGAACAAUGAACGGGAAGAGAUCACCAUUGCAGCCAUUGAGGGCAUGGUACGCUGUGACUCCUAUAAUGCUGAGGCUUGUGCCGCUGUGCUGGAUUUGCUUGCACAGACAGAAACCUCCAGUCUGAAGCGUGUGCCAACCAUUGUGAAGUUCAUCCACAGGUGGCUUGUGUCCAACAAGGAUGUGUCUUCUGAGCACAGACUAGACAAGUCCCUUCUAGAUCUGACCCAUGCACACCCCAGUGAUGUGGUUGUGACCCUCCUGUGCUCUGCCCCAUCAUGUGAAAGAGCUGCUCUGACCAUGUGGAAAGUGCUCGUCUCCUCGAGCAGGACUGCAAAGAUGGUGCUGUCUGAGUUGCCCUGCAUUAUGGAAGACUGGCCGGAGCACAGCACAUGCACAUCUGAUGGCAACAGAAAGCAAGUCUUUGCCCUGGCUGCAACCAAGGCACUGUGGGAGAUCAUCCAUCUGCCCUUGUCCCCAGAGGCAUCAAUAGUGGCCCCGUCCCUCUUCGUGGCUCUGCUGGUCCAAGUUUUCUGCAGCACAGAGGAGAUGCCAGGAGACAUCAAUAGACUCUGGAGGAGAUGGCAGAAGAGAGAGCACUUUCCCACUAACCCCAGAAGGUGUUCCAUCCCAGUCUUUCUCUCUCUCCCACGCCCCUGGACCUUGGGCCAGGGCUCUCUGCACGACCUGAUGUUUGCUCUGCACACAGGUUUGUAG